AUGCGCAGGCCCCGCGGGACAGCCUGAGACUGGAGCGAGCUGUCUGCGCUGAGCCAGGAGGAGACGAGGCUGCCGCGGAGCCAGCGCUGCUCGCUCUUCCCGUCGCCUCGAGCGCCCACAGGGAGCCCCUCCGGCCCGGGGCCAUGCCGGGCAGCGAGUGAGCGAAGCGGGGCGGCCGGGCUCCCCUCCCCCCCCGCCCGAGCCAGCCACUCUCCCGUCGCCGCCUGGAAGCCGCACGCGGAAGCGACAGGGUUGAAUUGCUUCUGGAAAGUUUGAAGAAAAUCCAUUCUACUGUUUUGGAAGACCAGACAUUCAGAUAAAUGCAGUAUCUAAACGUAAAAGAAGAUUGCAAAGCCAUGGCUUUCUGCGCAAAACUGAGAAACUCAAAAAAGAGCGAAGUGACCACAGAAGCUCAAGAGCAAGGAUUGGAAAUUUUAUUCUAUUUGCAAGAGAAGCCUCCCAUUCGGUACACCGGUGGCGAAUAUACAGCAGAAAACCUGUGCAUUGAAGCUGCCCAGAAGUGCUCUGUAUCUCCAUUGUGCCACAAUCUCUUUGCUCUAUUUGAGGAGAGUAAAAAACUCUGGUAUGCACCAAACCAUGUCUUCAAAAUAGAUGACAAGACAGCACUCCGGCUCCAUUAUCGCAUGAGGUAUUAUUUUAUGAACUGGCAUGGGACAAGUGAAAAUGAGCCCUCAGUCUGGAGGCAUUCUCCGAAAAAACCAAAGAAUUUCUAUGAGAAGAAAUUACUGCCAGAUGGAACUCCUAUCCUUGACACAUCUCCAAAGAAACAAAAGAAUUCCUAUGAGAAGAAACUAGUGCCAGACGGAACCCCUAUCCUUGAUGCAAAUUCGCUAGAAUACCUCUUUGCACAGGGACAGUAUGAUUUGGUGAAGUGCCUGGCACCAGUUCGAGACCCUAAAAAUGAUCAGGAGGUUCAUGAAAUUGAAAAUGAAUGUCUGGGAAUGGCUGUCCUUGCAAUCUCUCACUAUGCCAUCAAAAAAAACAUGAAGCUGCCAGAACUUCCCAAGGAUAUCAGUUAUAAACGUUAUAUUCCUGAAACUUUGAACAAGACCAUCAGACAAAGGAAUAUCUUAACCAGAAUUCGGAUAAACAAUGUUUUCAAGGAUUUCCUUAAGGAGUUUAACAAUAAAACCAUUUGCGACAGCAGUGUCUCUCCACAUGAUCUGAAGGUUAAAUACUUAUCAACAAUGGAGACUUUAACUAAGCAUUAUGGAGCAGAAAUUUUUGAGACUUCAUCAUUGCAGAUUUUAACAGAGAAUGAAAAACAUGGAUUUAAUUUUGGAGACAAUGGGAUCAUCCCACAGUAUGAAGUGAUGGUGACGGGAAACAAUGGAAUACAGUGGAGGCGCAAACCAAGUGUUGUACAGCCUGAGAGAGAGAAACAUAAUAAACUAAAGAGGAAAAAAUCAGACAGCAAAAACAAGAAGGAUGAAGAAAAAAACAAAAUCCGAGAGGAAUGGAACAAUUUUUCAUAUUUUCCUGAAAUCACACUCCUUGUCAUAAAGGAGUCCACAGUCAAUAUUAAGAAGCAGAACCACGAAAAGAUGGAAUUAAAACUUUCUUCACACGAAGAGGCCUUGUCAUUUGCAUCUUUAGUAGAUGGAUACUUCAGACUUACUGCAGAUGCCCACCUCUAUCUCUGCACUGAUGUAGCUCCACCUCUGAUAGUGCACAACAUAAAAAACGGCUGCCAUGGACCCAUUUGCACAGAGUAUGCCAUCAACAAAUUGAGACAAGAAGGGAAUGAGGAGGGAAUGUAUGUGCUGAGGUGGAGCUGUACAGACUUUAAUCACAUCCUCAUGACAGUGACGUGUUCUGAAAUCUCACAGCAAAGGUUAAAUGAGUCGAUCCAGUACAAGAACUUCCAGAUCGAGGUGACAAAAGACGGUUGCUUCCUUCAUGGCUCAAAUAAGUUUUUCCCAUCUUUAAAAGAACUGAUGGAUCACUUGAAGGGACAGACCCUUAGAACGGACAACAUAAGCUUUACACUGAAGAGAUGCUGCCAGCCAAAACCAAAAGAAAUCUCUAACUUGUUAGUGGCAACAAAGAAAGGCCAGGAAUGGCAUCCGGUUUGCCCUCUAGGUCAAUUGAGUUUUCAUCGAAUUCUUAAAGAAGAAGUUAAGCAGGAUGAACACCUUGGAAGAGGAACAAGAACACAGAUUUACUCUGGGAUUCUUAAUUAUAAGGAAGAUGAGACUGAAGGGUACCAGGAUGAAAAAGAGAAGAAAGUCCUCCUCAAAGUCUUGGACCCCAGUCAUAGAGACAUUUCUUUGGCGUUUUUUGAGACAGCAAGCAUGAUGAGGCAAAUUUCCCACAAACACAUCGUCUUCCUUCACGGGGUCUGUGUCCGUGAUGUAGAAAAUAUCAUGGUUGAAGAGUUUGUUGAAUUUGGGCCACUGGAUCUCUUUAUGCACCGGAAAAGUGAUGUUCUCACAACUCCUUGGAAAUUCAAAGUAGCCAAACAGCUGGCAAGUGCAUUAAGCUACUUGGAGGAUAAAGAGUUAGUACAUGGAAAUGUGUGCACGAAAAAUAUUUUAUUAGCAAGAGAGGGAAUUGACCAUGAAUAUGGUCCUUUCAUUAAACUGAGUGACCCAGGAAUUCCAAUAAUGGUGCUAUCCAGACAAGAAUGUGUCGAACGAAUCCCUUGGAUUGCACCUGAAUGUGUUGAAGAUUCAAAAAAUUUAAGUGUUGCAGCAGACAAGUGGAGUUUUGGCACAACACUGUGGGAAAUCUGCUAUAAUGGAGAAGCACCCCUGAAAGAUAAGACAUUAGCAGAGAAGGAGAGGUUCUAUGAAGGGCACUUCAUGUUGGUAACACCAUCCUGCAAGGAACUAGCUGAUCUGAUGAAGCAGUGUAUGCACUAUGAUCCCAAUCAGAGACCAUUUUUCAGAGCAAUUAUGAGAGACAUCAAUAAAGUGGAAGAACAAAAUCCUGAUAUUAUCUCUGAGAAGAAGCCUUUCGCAGAGGUCGAUCCCACUCUCUUUGAAAAACGAUUUUUGAAAAGAAUCCGAGAUUUGGGGGAGGGUCACUUUGGCAAGGUUGAACUCUGCAGGUACGAUCCAGAGGGUGAUAAUACAGGAGAGCAGGUGGCAGUAAAGUCCCUGAAACCUGAGAGUGGUGGGAAUCAUAUCGCUGAUCUGAAGAAAGAAAUCGAAAUCUUGAGGAAUCUUUAUCACGAAAACAUUGUGAAAUACAAGGGAAUUUGCAUAGAAGAUGGAGGAAGUGGGAUUAAACUCAUAAUGGAGUUUCUUCCUUCUGGGAGCCUAAAGGAAUAUCUCCCACGAAAUAAGAGCAAAAUCACUCUGAAACAUCAGCUAAGAUAUGCAGUUCAGAUCUGCAAGGGAAUGGAUUAUUUGGGCUCUCGUCAGUAUGUUCACCGGGAUUUAGCAGCAAGAAAUGUCCUUGUUGAAAGUGAGAACAGAGUGAAGAUUGGGGACUUUGGCCUCACCAAAGUAAUUGAAACCAAUAAGGAGUACUACACGGUCAAAGACGAUCUCGACAGUCCUGUGUUUUGGUAUGCUCCGGAAUGUCUGCUUCAGAGCAAGUUUUACAUUGCUUCAGAUGUCUGGUCAUUUGGAGUGACGCUGUACGAACUACUGACGUACUGUGAUGCAGAGUCUAGUCCAAUGGCGGAGUUUUUGAAAAUGAUUGGCCCAACUCAAGGCCAGAUGACAGUAACGCGGCUUGUACGUGUAUUAGGAGAAGGAAAACGCUUGCCUCGGCCACCAAACUCCCCAGAAGAGGUGGACCAGCUGAUGAGGAAAUGUUGGAUAUACAAUCCAGCUGACCGGACGACCUUUCAAAAUCUUAUUCAAGGAUUUGAAGCACUUAUAAAUAAAUUAUAAUUAGCAUUUUUGUAUGGUCAGUGCUUUAAAUGUAUGUCAGAUAUAAAUACCCAGGUCCUUUUACUUUAACUACUAUAGUCUGGCUAUGCUAAUACGUGUUUAAGGGUUUGCUUUUCCAGUGGUUUCCUUUUUUUGGGAUCAAAAUAUUUAAAUUCCCUAGCAGAAAAUCUUUAAGCACUUUGCUCUUGUUAGAGUAUUACUGAUUAGAAAAGGUUCAUUGAUCAACCCAUCCAUCACUUAGAUUAUACUGAACGAACCCAAAUUGGAAAGAACUGUGUCAAGAAAGGGAAUUUAUGAUGGCCCCCAGUGCACGUCAACAGAUGAAGCACAUUAAACAAGUGUUCUGCAACUAGCAUGAUUUUCCUGAAUAACUAACUCAGAAGAUUGAGCAGAACUUUCCAUGGCAAUUUAAACUGCUUUUCAAAUAGGAAAUUAAUUUUUAGGAAAGUGGUAAGGAGAUUUUUAAAAAAAGUGGACUGGGCAAAAAAGGCCAUCUUUAGCUGCAUAUAUACAUGUAAAUAUUCCAAAAAGACCAUUUACCAACUUUUAUGAUUUUGCAUUUCAUUGCAGAAACCCAGUUUCUUACUACAGCUUUUUUUACUUUUACUAAAACAAAACAAAAAAACCCCUAAGCUAAGUACUUUACACCAUUUUUAUAGUUACAAUUACAGUUAUUCUGUGAUAUGUAGGAGAGCUGCAGCAUGGGGACACAAGGAAGGGAAAUUAAAAAUCUUAUUUUCUUAACAAACACCCCAAAAUGUGUAGGUCAGGCCAUUACUGUAAUGAGCCACGGGAAGCACUCUCUCAACUGCAUUCUCCAUUGAUGUGUAGGUUAUCUUUGACGUACACGAAUGAAGGACUGUAAAGUUUAAAGUUAGAGUAAUAUUUUUGCGGAUUGAUUGUGCCAUCACAAUGAGGAUUUUCCUGGAAGCUAUGUUUUUUUGGGCCAGAUAUUUUUCUGUCCUGCACUCCAUUGCAUUUAUUAACACCUGUUUAAAAAAACAUGAGGAACAAAAAUUAAAUGAGUAUUAAUAUAUUCUUAUUGCAUUAGAAACAGAUUUUGGAUCCCAAUUUGGUAUGCAGACUGCCAAAUUAUGCAAUUAUCAUAUAUACAAUUAACCAGACUGGGUCUGCUUGAGUUCUAUGACCAUAAACAGAUUUUGAAGUUGAAUCAAGGGUACUGAAGUCAUAUUAUGUGAAUUGGGCAAGCUUUUAUUGAUGGUAGAUUAUUCAAACUAGCAACCUUUUGCUGAUCCUCUCCCUGGAAUUUAGACAAUAUUGUCUCCCCCAAAGCUGGAUUAUUAAAAUGCUUAGAGGGCACAUUUAUUUAGUGUCAGCAAUAACUGAAAAAUGUCUUUACACAUUAAAGUAUUACUGAACCCCAAACAGGUAGGAUUCAUUUUUACAGUAUUAUCUUUUAUUUCUGUACUUUACUUAUGAACCUGAGUAGAAUCUAUAUGCACUUUGUUACUCUUUAUACAAAUUAAUAAAGAUUUUUUUUCUUCA